GAGGUAGUGAACAUCUCACCACAGUGGCGAGCCAGGGUACCCAGAGAAAAAUGCAGGCGCACAAAUAGGAGCAACUGCAAAUCUCCUUGCGCAGUUAUCUCGUCACUAACCCACUUGCUGUACUACUACUACGAGUACCUGGUGCAGUAUGUAAACACCAGCAUCGGGGAGACAAAGGCGGCCGGGCAUGAAUGCUGAUCAAAGCCGCCCCCCUGGUGCGCCAUGCUAGCCAUCAAAGGUACUACUCGCUAACAGCACUUGCCCCAACAGCCUGUGAAGGCUACCACGGGGGUGGGGAGGGAGAUCUUUGUAUUUGUGUGUAUGACGGUCACUUCAGCCGAUUGGAAUGUUUUUUUUGAUUCACUGUGUUGGGCAGCUGGUGUCCUGGUGGUCAACACGCUCGGUCACCGAGCUAGAUUCCACACGGUUUCAUGGGUUCAAUUCCUGCCACAGUCGCCCUGCAAACCCAUCGUCUGCCGGGAAUUGUCAGGCCACACUGUCAGCUGUGGAGUAAAUUGGGUGCGUGGGACCCUGUUGACGUUCCUCCCAAGGUUAGAUCAUCGCGUUGCCAGGGUCAUGGCUAAAAGUUGAAGCGCUCCCACAAGUGCUGCGCCCCAUUUAUCUUCCAUUGUCGUAACCGAAAUCCGGCUAUUUCAAAUUUAGCACUUGGCUAAAAACCCGCUAACGAGGUGGAGGGGGGGGGGCACAAUGGUCCGCACACUCUGCGACGAGCCCGGCGAGUCCCCACUUCGAUUCCCGGCCAAGGGUAACAUCGGCGCUACGGUUUCCUCCCACAGGUAAUAAACCCUCGUUAAUUUGCCGAUAACACCUCAUUGUGUAAAGGACCACAGACCUUGGAGAAAUUGUUGGCGCUGACUCGCCGCCACCGCCGGGUUCGUCCCCGGUUCCUCCUCCUGUCGCCUCCAGGUCGUUCUCUCUCCACGAGGGCGAGCCAAACACUCUGUGUCCAUGGCGCCUUGCAAGCUGACAUUAUUUUUGUAUUGUUGUUGUAGUAUGUUUUUGUGGCCGAGCGAUUAUCUAAACCGGUCAUGCUUCCCCCCCCCCCCUACACACCCACCCAUCCUUCUUAAGUAGAAAUGACCUAACAAUAAAGAUGUAUAAAUAUAUACAGCCCUGGUAAUUCCUUGCUAAUGCCACUGCUGUCAAAAGGGCCUCCAUUAGAGGGAGAUGUAGAGACGCCCUCGAGAUGGUAUUUGGCCUACUCUUCCACGCUGGCCAGACGUCUUGGGAAUAGGUGGGGAGUACCCAGCGCUUUUCUCCACCACACGCAAACCCGCCCAUGGACAAAACUAUCUGGUGCAGCCAUUUAUACCACUGGGUGGAGAGAGAGGCAGUGGGGGUGGGAGGAUUUAAAGAAACUUUGCCACCUUUGUUUUCAACCGUCACGCCACUGGGAGAUAGAUUGCAAGUGCUGCGUAAAGUGAUCGGUUAAUUUAAAAUGACGACGACGGUGGGUGGUGGGUGGUGGUGGUGGUAAAGAUGAAAGGCAAAAAAUAUCGUUGGUUAGCUCACAGGGCUGGGCUGUGUCUCGUGUUGUACUGUGCGAGGCAAGACAUUGUGCGUCGCACAACCCACGACCCCGCGCCGACCCUAAAGAAAUACUUGUCAUCGUGCCGCCACGGGUUAUUUUUAAGCCGACGAUGAAAACUAAAACCGCGCAGGGCAAGGCGAUGGCACAGACGCCUUUUCCCGGGGGUCAUUACUUUCACUCGUAACGCUAUCCCCGAGGCAGCCACCACUCGCUGUCCGUCCCGCGCUCCUCCUCCUCGUGCUCCUCCUCCUCUUCUUCUUCCACCUCUUCCUCCACCUCCUAUGGCCACCGAUGCCCAGGCUUCGAACGGUCGGCUCCAUGCGUUCGCAGCGGUGGCCCAGCCGGUGCUGAAUUUAGGCAUGUCUUCAGCCCAUGUGACUCCCUUCGGACAUGCCCCCAACGGGUCAGCGGAACGAGUGAGAGCCAAGCUCGAAGCCAAGCUCCGCCCAAUUCCUCCGCAGACUCCGCCCACGCCACCCGGCGUGACACGCCCCAUAGCGACAGUUGCCAUGGAGACGGUGCAACCCGUCGCGGCCAUCGCUGAGAUCGCUUGUCGAUCGUCCAAUCUGAAGUCGACGCUGCUGUCCACCGAUUUCUGCAACCUGACGAAACAGGUGGCGGCGUGGGAAACAGCCGGGUUGUGCCGGCGUCGCCACCUCCGCGAGAGGACCCGGUCCCCACGGCGGAGCGGGACACGCUAAUGGAGUGGAGCCCCGGACACGCACGCACCACGGAGGAAACCCGCGGCAGCCCCACCGCGGAGGCGAGACGCGGUUCCCCUCGCGGAGGCCUGGACGCGGAGCGAGCCCCACGGUGGAGCUCUGCCGCGGAGCCACGGUCGUGCGGGGACGUGGAGCUCAAGAUGCAGCACCUGCUGGUCGGCCGCUGGUCCCCGGACGGCAGAGGCUCCGUGGUGGAGGUUCCGUCGGCAGAGAACGGCUCCGACCAGCCCACGCCGUUCGACGCCGGCGGCGCCAGCGGUGGCGGAAGCAACGGAGGAGGCGGUGAUCCGCGCAAGCGAGUGUUCCACCCCGAUUCUUCUUCGGAGGAGGAGGAGGGCGCCUACUCAGCCUCCGAGGCCAAGAGAAGGAGUCCUCCUCUUCCUCCUCCUACUCUUCCUCUGUCACCACGCCUCCGCUCCUUCAGGAACCCCAGGGCGGAAGAGAAAGACGGUUGCGGGCUGCCGAGCCCUGUCGCGGAGGAGCGGUGGCGCACCGUUGCGGGAGGAGGCCUCCUCGCGGAGGAGCUGGGAGGCAGAGGUCCCGUUGCAGAGGAGCGGUGGCCGCGUGGCAGGGUUCUAGUUGUAGAGGAGCAUGCGGACGGAGGUGUCGUCGCGGAGGAGCGGUGGCCACACGCCAGAGAGCUCCUCGCGGAGGAGCCUGGGGACGGAGGUCCCGUCGCGGAGGAGCGGUGGCCACACGCCAGAGAGCUCCUCGCGGAGCAGCCCGGGGACGAAGGUCCCGUCGCGGAGGAACGGUGGCCGCGUGGCAGAGGUCGCGUCGUGGAGGAGCCAGCGGAAGGAGGCGUCGUCGCGGACGAGCGAGCCGACGAUGGGAACUCCGCCGCCGCUGCCGCGGCCGCUGUUGCUGCUGCUGGCACUGUGUCAGGAACUCCGGAACGUCGCAAAACCUGCCUCGCCGAUGUGGUCGACUCGUUAAAGCAGCGCAAGCUGGAGGCUCUGUCCAGGUCGGAGCAAGAUGGUUGCCCAGCGUCUGAGCAGAGGGCCGUGCCGAUGAAGGUGAAGUCGUUUGUUCCUUUGGCGCCAGCUGGAGACGUCCAGGAGCAGCUGCAGGGCUCGCGCGACAGCCUGGCGGAGAAGGAGCGCGUGCUGGCGGCCAUGAUGGGCCAGCUGUCGGCGCUGCGCGAGCAGAUCCUGACGGCGCACGACGAGCAGCGACGCGUGGCCGCCUCGCAGGUGGAGCGCCAGCGCCAGGCGUCGCACCUCGCCCGCCAGCAGCAGGAGCAGAUCGCCCGUCAACAGCAGCAGCUCUUGCAGCAGCAACAGAAGAUCAACGUCCUUCAGCAGCAGAUUCAGGGUCAGCUGUCUCCGAUGAUGAUUCCCAUUUUCCCGCCGGAUCAAAGGGCGAUGGCGGCCCAGCACGGCUUCGUUCUGCCCACCGCGUUGGCCUGCAAGCCCGUUGAACAGUACUCCCUGCCUCUGCUACCGUCAACGCUGGGGCAUGCUGCUACCCCUGCCCUCUCUCCGCUACACCUGCAGAUUUACGCCGCUCACCUGGCCGCGAUGCAGUCGCCCGCCCAGUGCCACUCGGUGUCGCUGCCGCCGGCGCCGGCUGGGGGAGACCGGGACAGAGACAAGAGCCCGACGAGCGCUUGCAAGGAGGCCCCGCAGCCGUUAAACCUGUCAUCACGCGCUCACUCGGCGGCCUCGUCGAUGCUGGAGGUGCUGGGCGGGGGCCUGGGGGGGGGGCCGCCCCCCUCCUCCUCCGUGCUGCCGCUGCUGCACGCCGUGCUGGGGAAAGCGAGCGGCGCCAGCAACAACAUGACCGCCUUCGGAAUGCUGCAUCAAGGCCUCACGGCCCAGACUCAGCACCGGGUCCCAGAGGUAAAGCAGGAGCGUGCAGCGAGGCAUGAUGGGAAAGUUGCUGCUGCACUCAUCAACAGCGGCCGGUGUGUCACGGAGAAGCUUGCUCUGGAGAGCCUCAUGCAAAGGAUGAUGGGAGAGGCAAGGGAUGAUGGGAAGUCGGGCCUCGGUGGAGUGGAACGGGCAUCCAGCGAGGAGAUGGAUGGCGGCGGCGUGUUUGGGGACGCCAAGGUGUUCCGUGACGGCAGAGGCCGGCACGCGGGAGAGCCGCACAUCAAGCGCCCGAUGAACGCGUUCAUGGUCUGGGCCAAGGACGAGCGGCGCAAGAUCCUGCAGGCCUUCCCCGACAUGCACAACUCAAGCAUCAGCAAGAUCCUGGGCUCCCGCUGGAAGGCCAUGUCGAGCCAGGAGAAGCAGCCGUACUACGAGGAGCAGGCACGGCUCAGCAAGCUUCACCUGGAGCGCUACCCGGGCUACAAGUACCGGCCGCGGCCCAAGCGCACGUGCAUCGUGGAUGGUCGCCGGCUCCGCGUGGGCGAGUACAAGGCGUUGAUGCGCUCGCGCCGCGAGGGCGGCCCCGCACAGCUCUACCCACCCAGUCCCACGUCGCAGGUGCCGCUCACGCAGCCCGGCUCGGUGUAUCCCUCCGCCAUCGCCAUGGUGACGAGCGGUGGGGGCCCGGCCUCCUCGGCGGCAGCGGGCCCCGCCGCCCACUCUCCGUCACGCGUCCAAUCGGAGUGCUCGAGCGGCUCGGCGAGCCCGGACUGCGGCCCGCGGCCCUUCCACGUGCACGCGCUGGCGGCGGGCCGCCUGGGCCUGGGCCUGGGCGGCGGGGGCGCUGCCGCGGUGCGCGUGGAGACCCUGGGGGGCCGCCGGGACUUCGAGCGGAUGGACUACCGCGGCGGCGGUGGGGUGGUGGCAGUGGGGGGCACGGCGCGUCAGGCCGAGGACGAGUAUUACGGCGAGGAGGCGCGGCUUUACGAGGACUACGACGAGGCGCGGGGCGCCGCCUCGGACUACGAGAGCGAAGGGGAGACCGUGCACUCCGACAACGGCGGAUUCGGCCUCGCGGGAAACUGACUCCUACUGGGACAACUGUUGGAGGGGGGAAGAGUUUUUAUAGCUCGUCGGAUUCCUCCAGUAUAAAUCUAUGUUCUGAUUAUUGACUCCCGAGAGCGAAGGUGGUGCGGGUGGACGAAGCGGGGUUUGGGGGGGGGGGGGGGUGAUUUAAAUUUAAUCAAAAAAUUUAACGACGCACGGCAAAACAAAGACUAAUAAUGAGACGACAACGAAGCGCUUGCACGGUCCAAGCUUAUUUCGGGUAACGGCAGCGCGAGCCGUAAGUCGGGAAUCAAAAUUAGUCAAAAUUAGUAAUUUAAUGUUGGGCCUAUAACGACGAGUGAGAGUCUCGCCGUUGUUGGCGCUGGGACAAACUGUUUUGACUUUCGUGGAAGCGCAAAAAAGGGGGGGGGGGGGUUGGUUUCGCUGCGUUUAAGUUUCACAACGAGCUCAACGCUUAGCAGUAAAAGCAAAUGGACGCGUGCGUUCCGGUGACUUCGCUUGUAAUCUUGAGACGACCUCAGUACGAGAUGCGUUUUUUUUGUUUUGACGUUUCUUGUAAAAGGGAUUGUUUUUAUCAGCAACGGCACACACGAAGAAAAGUGUUGCGAAAAAGUGUUAACUUGUUUUCCUCUUCUUUCGUUGUUAUUGCUGCCUUUGAAGCAGCCCUUGAAUGCUUGCUAUAGACAAGUAGGCCUAGUGAACUAGUCCCACGCAACAAGUAUUGAUUUUUUUUUUGACCACAGGCCUCAUCCGGGGCUUUGUUGUUUUGGAAUCGACUGAAUUUUGAUUCUGUUAGUCCGCAACUGUUAAUGUUUAUAGAUCAUCUUAGACCACAGUCAGAUUCUGAACUGUUUUACUGCCUUUCCGAGUCUCGUUCGUUUUACUAUAACUUUUUUGCGUCAUCUUUUUUUUAGUUGACAUAUUAGACCGAUUUUAAUGAGCGACAAAAAAAGUAGUCCCGCGAAUAUUGCUAUGGUGUCUCGAUUGUGCCAAAAACGAUUUUUUGCACGUGACACUGAGUAGCACUUUACUUUCUUGUGCUGUAACAAGUAUUUAUAGAUGAACAACAUUGGUGUGUGUAAGUGGGAAGUUGAAUAAUACUAAUAAUGCUGAAUAAUUUCAAAGAAAACUACAAAUGAAGGCGUGUAAACUUAUGGCCUAGGUAGGCUUUGCGUAAACUCAGUACUUAGAUCCUAAACAGGCGGUUUACAAUGCAGUAUGAUAAUGCAUUUUUGAACAGUGGUCUGUACAAGACAUUGCUGGUAUGGAAAGAAUUCAGGAACGUAGUAAUACACUACCGAUCGCAAAUAUAGGAACCGCUUAACUUGAGUCACCAAAUACUUAACAAUGUCUUAAACACUUCCGAGUUUUUUGGCUUUUACCCACUUCAACCAAAAUAAAUAUUUCCAGGAAAACUAAAUUCAUAUUUACCCUCAAAUGAAGAAAAAAAA